UGGACGGGGCUGGUCCAGCGUCCUGGGUUCCAGGAGUGCCGCGCAAAGCCACCAAGAAAAUGAGCGAAGAGCCUGUCCCCGAGGCCACCUCCCCGCCACCCCCACAGGGACAGCAGUACUUCGACCGCUUCUCGGAGGAGGACCCUGAGUACCUGCGCCUGCGCAACCGUGCGGCCGACCUGCGGCAGGACUUCAACCUGAUGGAGCAGAAGAAGCGGGUCACCAUGAUCCUGCAGAGCCCUUCCUUCAGAGAGGAGCUUGAAGGCCUCAUCCAGGAGCAGAUGAAGAAGGGGAACAACUCAUCCAACAUCUGGGCCCUGCGGCAGAUUGCGGACUUCAUGGCCAGCACCUCCCAGGCCGUCUUCCCGACAUCUUCCAUGAACUUCUCCUCGAUGACGCCCAUCAACGACCUCCACACGGCUGACUCCCUGAAUCUGGCCAAGGGGGAGCGACUCAUGCGGUGCAAGAUCAGCAGCGUCUACCGCCUCCUGGACAUUUACGGCUGGGCCCAGCUAAGCGACACCUACGUCACGUUACGAGUCAGCAAGGAGCAGGACCACUUCCUGAUCAGCCCCAAGGGAGUCUCUUGUAGCGAGGUCACGGCAUCCAGCCUGAUCAAAGUGAACAUCCUGGGGGAGGUCGUGGAGAAGGGCAGCAGCUGCUUCCCGGUGGACACCUCGGGCUUCUGCCUGCACUCGGCCAUCUACGCCGCCAGGCCUGACGUGCGCUGCAUCAUCCACCUGCACACGCCGGCCACAGCUGCAGUGUCAGCCAUGAAGUGGGGCCUCCUGCCCGUUUCCCACAAUGCCCUGCUGGUGGGGGACAUGGCCUAUUAUGACUUCAAUGGGGAAAUGGAGCAAGAAGUGGACCGAAUCAACCUGCAGAAGUGCCUUGGACCCACCUGCAAGAUCCUGGUGCUGAGAAACCACGGGGUGGUUGCUCUGGGUGACAGUGUCGAAGAGGCCUUUUACAAGGUCUUCCACCUGCAGGCUGCAUGCGAGAUCCAGGUGUCCGCGCUGUCCAGCGCAGGGGGUGUGGAGAACCUCAUACUCCUGGAGCAGGAGAAGCACCGGCCUCAUGAGGUGGGCUCUGUGCAGUGGGCAGGGAGCACCUUCGGGCCCAUGCAGAAGAGCCGGCUGGGGGAGCACGAGUUCGAGGCCCUCAUGAGGAUGCUGGACAACCUGGGUUACAGGACAGGCUACACGUACCGCCACCCGUUUGUUCAAGAGAAAACCAAACACAAAAGUGAAGUGGAGAUCCCAGCCACGGUCACAGCCUUCGUGUUCGAGGAGGACGGCACCCCGGUGCCCAUGCUGCGGCAGCACGCCCAGAAGCAGCAGAAGGAGAAGACGCGGUGGCUGAACACCCCCAACACCUACCUGCGGGUCAACGUGGCCGACGAGGUCCAGAGGAACAUGGGCAGCCCACGGCCCAAGACCACGUGGAUGAAGGCUGACGAGGUGGAGAAGUCCAGCAGUGGCAUGCCCAUACGGAUCGAAAACCCAAACCAAUUUGUGCCUCUCUACACUGACCCCCAGGAAGUACUGGACAUGCGGAACAAGAUCCGAGAACAGAACCGGCAGGACGUGAAGUCGGCGGGACCCCAGUCCCAGCUCCUGGCGAGUGUCAUUGCCACCAAAAGCCGAAGCCCGUCUACAGAGAGCCAGCUGGUGGACGCAGAUAGCAAAGAGGACUCGGAGGAGACGGUGCCCAACCCCUUCAGCCAACUCACCGACCAGGAGCUGGAGGAGUACAGGAAGGAGGUGGAGCGGAAGAAGCUGGAACUAGACGGAGAGAAAGACGUCUCCACAGAAGGGCCUGCCUCUCCCGUGAAGUCCGCACCUUCUUCUCCAGUACAGAGUCCAGCAAAGUCAGAGACAAAGAGCCCCGUGGUGUCUCCAUCCAAGACUUCAGAAGAAGGUGCUAAGAAGACAGAAAGCAGCCAGCCCCCUCCUGAGCCAACCCAGACCGAGGAGGUGGUGGUCAACGGCAGGGAGGACGAGCCGCUGGCAGAGGACGUGCUCAGCAAGGCCUUGAGCCAGAUGACCACGGACGGCGACCCCGCCAAGGACAAGACCGAGUCGGUCACCAGUGGGCCCAUGUCCCCUGAGGGCUCCCCCUCCAAGUCUCCCUCCAAGAAGAAGAAGAAAUUCCGCACCCCGUCCUUCCUGAAAAAGAGCAAAAAGAAGGAGAAGGUGGAAUCCUGAUUCCCAGCGUCCACCGGCUCCCCUCUGUCCCCUCCGUCCUCCCUCCCCUUCCCCUGCCUCUGUCCUGGGAGCACAGGGCCAGGCGGGG